AUGAACUUGCCUCAAUACAACCACCUACAUUCUCUUGGCUCAUAUGGAUAUUGUGAUCAUGGAGAAACAGGUACUGUGUCAUUCGAAUCAGAUAUUUACAGCUUUGGAGUUGUUCUUUUGGAGCUCAUCAGUGGUAGAAGAGCUAUUGAUGAUACAAGACUUGGUGAUGAUCAAAAUGUUGUUUUCUGGGCAAGUUCUGUAUUCAAAGAUAUGAACAAAUUCAAAGAUAUUGUUGACCCAUUGCUAGAAGGGGUAGAAGAGAUGGUUGCAAUGUUCUUACUUGUUGUUGGACAUGGAGUGGGUAAUAGAAUGAUUCAAGAAAGGUUCCAACACUUAGGAGAAACUGUGAGUAGACGUUUUCAUGAUGUGUUAGUUGCUUGCUUGAGUUUGUCCAUCGAAUAUAUAAAGCCUCAAGAUCCUUUGUUCCGUGAUAGUCAUGCAAAAAUUCAAAGUGAUCCACGUGCCAAUGACCAAACUAGUUUUAUUGGACGAAAGGGAUAUCCGACACAAAAUGUAAUGGCUGUAUGUGAUUGGAACAUGUGCUUUACUUUUGUUUUAGCCGGAUGGGAAGGUACUGCCCAUGAUGCUCGUGUUUUUGACCAUGCUCUCACAAAUGCAAAUCUAAAUUUUCCACAUCCUCCUCCAGGUAUGUAUUAUUUGGUGGAUGCCGGUUAUCCAACACCGAUGGGAUAUCUUGGUCCAUACAGAUGUGAACGUUAUCACCUCCCUGAUUUUCGGCGUUCUCAUGGGUUUGAAAAUAACAACGAGGUAUUCAAUUAUUAUCACUCAAGUUUAAGGUGCACAAUAGAAAGAACUUUUGGUGUAUGGAAGAAUAGAUUUGCAAUUCUACGACGCAUGCCUAAAUUCACAAUUAAGACACAAGUUGAAGUUGUUGUUGCAACAAUGGCUAUACAUAACUUUAUUAGAAGGAAUGCUGAUAUGGACGUCGAUUUCAAUCGGUAUGAGGAUGAAGACAUAACCCUUGAUCAUGAUGAUUAUCGUAGACUAGUUAAUUUGGAUUUAUCUCAAAAUUUAAAUAUAGCUUCCUCAUCUGAGAUGAAUCAUGUUCGAAACUCGGUUCGAGAUCAAAUUAUAAAGUUCAACAAAAAUCAUUAG